CGCCCGCCCCGUUCCCCACUAUCAUCCAUUGUCCCAAUGGCCUCAACAGACCUCGCACCCACAUACGCCGCCCUCAUCCUUGCAGAUGACGGUAUUGAAAUCACUUCGGAUAGAAUCGUCGCAUUGACAAACGCUGCCGGCGUCGACCUCGAGCCCAUUUGGGCGUCCCUCCUUGCCAAGGCGCUGGAGGGCAAGAACGUAAAGGAGCUCUUGUCGAACGUUGGCUCUGGAGGAGGCGCACCGGCAGCUGGCGGUGCUGUACCCGCUGCGUCAACUGGUGCCGCUGCUGCUGAAGCACCGAAAGAGGAGGAGAAGAAGGAGGAAGAAAAGGAAGAGUCAGACGACGAUAUGGGUUUCGGUCUCUUCGAUUAGAGUAUCCUCAUCUUUCUUUGUUUUCUAUCGCAUCGCACUUGUAUUGCCUAUCUAGUGUCGUCGCAAAAAAAAAACUUUAAAACGGCA